CUUGGCCGCCUUUAGGAGACACUGGGGUCUUGGAGCCUCCUCGAAGUGGUCGUUGCUGUUGUCUCACGUGACCGUCUCUGUUUUCUUGUUGCACAGCAAAUAUGCCAGAGGAUUAUCCCGAUCAGUUUGAUGAUGUCAUGGAUUUUAUACAAGCCACCAUUAGAAGACUGAAAAGGUCACCCGAUAAACAAAUGGCCGUGCUUCCUCGCAGAGAGCGGCACCGGCAGGCUGCAGCCGCCAGCCCGGAGAGUUCCCGAGGGAAAGGCCGGCGGGGCCAGAGGGGCCGAAAUCGGGGGUGCGUCUUAACUGCCGUGCAUCUGAAUGUCACUGACUUGGGUUUGGGCUACGAAACCAAGGAGGAACUCAUUUUCAGGUACUGCAGCGGCUCAUGCGAUGCAGCCGAGACAAUGUAUGACAAAAUAUUAAAAAACUUGUCCAAAAAUAGAAGGCUGGUGAGUGACAAAGUCGGGCAGGCGUGUUGCAGACCCCUCGCCUUCGAUGACGACCUGUCCUUUUUAGACGAUAACCUGGUUUACCAUAUUCUGAGAAAGCAUUCCGCCAAACGCUGUGGAUGUAUCUGACUCCCGCUCCAGAGACCGCUGUGUAUUGCAUUCC